AUGAUGAAGCUGCUGUUGAAUGACCACCGGGCUCUGGAUGACCCUCUGGAGAGGACUCUCUCCGGCCGUAAUCCAGCCUCCAGCUUUGCCAGAGGCCGCUGCUGGAUUUUGUCUUCUCCCCUUGCCUUCUUCUUUUUCUAUUUGACAGAGUCUUUUUUGCUUGAUCCUAGCCUGGAUCAUGGCCCUUGCCCUUUGGGGACCUUUCCGUGCAACAAUGAGACUGUCUGCUUGCCUCAGCCUCUGCAUUGCAACGGAGUUGUCAACUGUGAAGAUGGAGCCGACGAAAAGGACUGUGUGAAUGACCUCGGCUGGCCCAUGCUUCUGAGUGAGAUGCUCUCCAGAAAUGGGAGAAAGACCAGAAACAGAGAGAAGGCAGCCAACUGCACACUCGAUCAGCACCCAGAAGUCUGCACAUGCUCAGGGACUGCUGUGCGUUGUCAAGGGCAAGAUCUACUUGCUGUUCCCUGGAUCUCAUCUGAUGUGACGGAGCUUGAUCUGAAGAGGAAUAAGAUCUCUUUGCUGCUGGACGACCAAUUCAUCGCAAACAAGGAUCUGGAGUAUCUUUUCUUGCAAGACAACAGGAUCCGGACGAUAGCCCCAACCGCUUUUUCUGGACUGUCCAAGCUCCAGAGGUUGUAUCUGAGUUCCAACAGCAUCACGGAUCUGGAGCCGGGCGUCUUCCAGGAUCUGCAAAGCCUCAAAUGGCUCAUCCUGGACAACAACCAAAUGACCCACAUCCUCCCAUCGGUUUUUGUGGGGCUCAGAUCACUAGUAUUUCUGGAUUUGCACACUAACUCCCUACAAGAAAUGCCUACAAGGAGUGCUUCGAUGUGUGUGGAAAUGCCAAAGCUCAACUGGCUGGAUCUUGAAGGAAACCGGAUCCAUGCUCUGCAACGGUCAGACUUCCAGGGUUGCAGUGAGAUCACCGUUCUGAUUCUCAACAGGAAUAGGAUUGAAUGGAUCCAAGAAGGGGCUUUUUCCGACCUUAAGAAGCUGGUGGAGCUUGAUUUGUCCUCCAACCGACUAAAGGAGCUCCUGCCUUCCUCUUUCAGUGGCCUCCAUGAAUUACAGCAGCUAAACCUUUCCAACAACCCUCUCCCCCGGAUCCGUCCAGAUGAAUUUGACCACAUUCCCCAGUUGCUUUCUCUGAGCUUGGAAGGUGUGGAGAUCCCGAACAUCCAGAACCGCAUGUUUGAGAAGCUGGCUCACCUCUCUCACAUCUACUUCAAGAAGUUCCAGUACUGCAGGUUCGCCCCUCAUGUCCGCAGCUGCAAGCCCAACACGGACGGGAUCUCCUCCUUCGAGAACCUCCUGGCCAGCAUCAUCCUCCGGGUCUUCGUCUGGGUGGUUGCCUUCCUUAGCUUCUUUGGGAACCUCUUCGUCAUCUUCACCAGGUCCUUCAUCGUGACCGAAAACAGCAAGCACACCAUGGCCAUCAAGUCUCUCUGCUGUGCCGAUUGUCUGAUGGGCAUCUAUCUCUUCUUUCUGGGAGCUUUUGACCUCAAGUUCUCCGGGGAAUAUAACAAACAUGCGCAGGCCUGGAUGGCGAGCUUGCCCUGCCAACUGGUGGGCAGCCUGGCCAUGCUCUCCUCGGAGGUCUCCGUCCUCCUCUUGACCUACAUGACCCUGGAGAAAUACCUCUGCAUCGUCUUCCCCUUCAGCCAUUAUGGGGCCAACAAGCGGUGGACAUGCUUCACCCUGGUCCUCAUCUGGGUCCUGGGCUUCUCCCUGACGUUGGUGCCCUUCUCCAGCAAAGAGUCCUUUGGGAUUUACUACGGCAGGAACGGGGUCUGCUUCCCUCUCCAGUCUGAUGAGAAUGAGAGCCGAGGUGCCAGAGGUUACUCCACCGGGAUAUUCCUAGGUCUGAACCUGGUUGCGUUUAUCCUCGUUGUGUUUGCCUACGCAAGCAUGUUUUACUCCAUCCACACGACCGCGGCCCGGACCGCUGAGCAGAGCGUCUUCUCCAUGGAGGUGGCUGUGGCCAAAAGGUUUUUCUUCAUCGUUUUCACCAACGCUCUCUGCUGGAUCCCGAUUUUCAUCCUGAAGCUCCUCUCCUUGCUGGACGUGGAAAUCCCAGGCACUGUGACGUCGUGGGUGGUCAUCUUCGUCCUGCCCAUCAACAGCACCUUGAACCCCAUCCUCUACACGCUGACCACCACCUCCUUCCAGGAGAAGCUCAAGCAGUUCCUUCAGAAGAAGAGGACGCAUCUGCGGGAGACCCAAGGGAAAAGUUUCGCCUUGCUCUCUAUGCAAAGCAGCACCAGCCUCUGACGGUCAGACUUGGAGGAACUCGGAAAGUCCAUGCGUACGUGACGCCAAGGCGCAACCCCACCUCAGCCCUUCUCUCCACUUGGAGGGUGAC